AUGAGACGCAUUGGUGUAAUUCACGUGCUCUGUUUAUCCUGUGUACUGAUUGUCACUUACGUGAAAUCUCAACCAAGUUGCCCUGCUGGCUGGUUUGGAUCUCGGUGUAACUACAAAUGUCGAUGUGUCAACGACAAGUGUGACAAGAACGGCCAGUGUAUAGACCCUUUCAUAUGUCUGGCUGGAUGGUUCGGCUCCGAAUGCCAAUACUCCGACGUGACCAACAAAACGACAAGCAACGCAGUUCUGACAGAUGGCAAAGAAAGUACAUGUGUUGCUUCUUCAGCCCCUGACACGGUGACCAUCGCUAUUCAGUCUAUUUUCUUCACCUGGCUCAGAGUCUGUGUGCAAGAUAAGGGAUCAGCUGCACUUGAGGAUCUGACAGUGACGUUCUCAAACAGCAAAACCGACGUCAGCUGUAGCGACUUGAAGAAAGUAGCUGUGGACAGCAAAACCCUGGACGUGCACUGUAAGACCACCCAAGAAAUCGACGCAGUGACUUUGAAAGGUGCAGUCGUUACCAGACUGUGCUCGGUCUAUGUCAGCGGUGGUCGCAAUGUG